AUGCCCAAGAUGGGUAACACGGUAAAAUCGGUCAUUUUAUCCGAGUGGCACGUGGCUGAGGGGCAAGUAAUUAAAAAGGGCGCACCUUUUUUCAGUUACGAAACCGAUAAAACCCAAGUUGAACACAAAGCCCAAGAAGAGGGGACGGUUUUAAAAAUACUCGUCGAGCCUAACCAAGAAAUCGCCGUCUUUUCGCCCGUCGCGAUCGUCGGAAAGGCUGGGGAAGACAUUCGCGCUCUUUUGGCUGAACUCGAGCCGUCUGAGACUCCCAAAGUCCAAACCAAGCACUCUCGUCCCGUCCCAGCUGACGAGCCGCCGCAACUUACUCCAGUUCGAGCCGCUCCGGCGCCUGAGUCAGUUAGCUCGCCAGCGGCUGAACCAACUGAUCAGGUUCUAGGUUCAAACCGGAGCGGUUUUUCGCCGCGGGCUCUCCGCACGCUUCGUCGUUCGGGAAUUAACCCGGCCUUAGUCAACCCGGCUCAGCCCAACCAGCCGCGCCUAGUUAGUCAAGACGUUCUCGGAGCGAUGCAGCUCGCUAAGAUCAAGGGCGCGGUCAACCAAGUCAGUCAGCCCGACCUAGUUGAACAGCUGGCGAGCGAGGCGCCGCGAGCCAGCGGCGAUUCACCCUUUGAUUACCAACCGAUGCGCCGGGCGAUCGCCCGAGCGAUGCUCAAGUCAAAGGAGCAAUCAGCCGCCGCGACGUUAGUGAUCAGCGUUGACGCGAGCAAUUUAACCAAAGUUCACCAGCGCUUUAAAAAGGCCGCUCAAAGCGGCGGUCCGCGCAUUUCAAUUAACGACCUCGUCGUCUUUGCGACUUCGCGCGUUUUACCUAAGUACAGCCAAACGAUUAACGCCCAUGUGUUUGACGAGCGCGCCGUGGGGCACCGCCACGCUCACAUCGCGAUCGCCGUUGACACGCCCGGCGGACUAAUCGUGCCGGUUUUAACCCACGCUAACGCUAAGUCGUUGCGAGAGAUUAGCGAGCAAGCCCGCCAAAUGAUCAAACUCGUUCGCCAGGGUCAGUACCAGGCGGUCGAUCUCAAGUCGGGAACGUUCACGAUUUCUAACGUGGGCGCGCUCGGGAUUGAGUCUUUCACGCCGAUUCUUAACGAUGGUCAGGCGGCGAUUUUAGGCGUUGGUGCUUUGACGCUCCGAGCGCGCCAAAACCAAGCCGGAUUGGUUGAGUUUUACCAAGCACUGACUUUGUCGCUCACGAUUGACCACCGCCUGGUGGACGGCGCUGACGGCGGACGUUUUUUAGUCGAUCUCAAAACCGUGCUUGAAAAGAUCGAUCAA